AUGCCUCCGCGAGGUGAGGGACCAUGUAAUCCAGCAGCGGCGUCCCCUGCCCCCCCUGUCCCGCCGAGGAGAUUCCGAAGCCGGGACAAGGCUUCCGGGAGAACCCACAAGUCAUGGCCAGGGUUGUGGGGGAACGGAGGGGCGCAGAGGAGGGUGAAGUGUGUGUUUGUAGGCGACGGAGCUGUAGGAAAAACCAGCCUGGUGGUCAGUUACACCACCAAUGGUUAUCCCACAGAAUACGUCCCCACUGCGUUUGACAAUUUCUCAGCUGUGGUGUCCGUGGAUGGCCAGCCAGUCCAACUUCAGCUCUGCGACACAGCUGGCCAGGAUGAGUUUGACAAGCUACGGCCCCUGUGCUACACCAACGCCGACGUGUUCCUGCUGUGCUUCAGUGUGGUUAGCCCCGCCUCCUUCCAGAAUGUCCCUGAGAAGUGGGUACCGGAGAUCCGCAGACAUGCCCCCUUCACACCAUUGGUCCUUGUGGGGACACAGUGUGACCUCCGGGAAGACGUUAAGGUUCUGAUUGAGCUGGCCAAGUACAGGGAGCGCCCCGUGGAGAUGGCCGACGCCAGGGACUGUGCGGUGGCGAUCGGCGCCGUGGCCUACACCGAGUGCUCCUCGCUGACCCAGAAGAACCUGAAGGAGGUGUUCGACACGGCCAUCGUGGCCAGCCUGCAGGACCACGGAGCCGGCCCGGCCCGGGGGAGCAAGCACCGGCGACGGCAGCAGCAGACGGCCCGCAAGAGGAAGGACCUGUCCAAGUCCUGGUGGAGGAGGUACUGCUGUGUGGCCUGAGUGAAGACCCCCCUCCUGGACCUAGGGUGUCCCCCAAGGUCUUGCCUUCUGGGCGGUGUUUGGGUCAUGGUUGAACCAGAGACUUGCUGAGGAGGGGCGAUGUGAGGGGGACGUGGUCUGUCGUCUCUCGUCUCCUUCAGGUUGUCUUCUCCACCGUUUGUUUUUGUACUACUGAGCCAUGUCUGAAUGAAGAGGUUUUGGUGUCAUGAAUCUGAGGUGACAUUAGGGUCUUCCUUAAGUUGAGGAUUGGUUCCUGUCCAAGCGCUUCAGUGUGGAAGGUACUGCUUCUGUAUCGAGGAAUUUAAACAUGAAACUGACUAAAACCAUGUUCAUGAGCAGCGCUUUAAUCGGCUGUGGUGUUCACAUAGCCGUUUACUGGUUCAAUGUACCCUAAACUACCCUAAACCCUAGAGUGUGUCUCGGAUCCUAACUUUCUUUGUUUGGCUACAGCGUAUUUUGUUUCAUAAUGUUUGUAAAUGCAGAAAGACAAUCUACUUCCUUGGUUCAAAUGUCCAGCAUGCUUCUAAUAUAAAGGUUCUUGAGUUGAAGGUACUUGUAGAAACCACAUGCCUCAGACUGAUGUUUGGAUCAGCAGCCGUUUGUAUUCAAUCUGACUAGAUCAAACUAGGUCAAAUCGGUCCAAAUCACAACAAGUGUUACGCCAGGGCCUUUUUGCAGAAUGCUUAAACUUAGUUCAACUAUGUUUCUCUUCUUUGAUUAGGGGAUUAUUUAACCAUAACAUCAUGACUUUUUGUUACAGCAAUGGUUGAAACACUGGGCCAAAAAAAAUAUUUCCAAGGUUUGGAAAAUGGAUCACUGAUAUCAGAUGUUGUCUAGUCAGGUUACAUUGAUUCAGUUAGUUUACAAUUCUGUGAUUUUAUCAUAUUAUUACUGUUUUUAUUAAGCACAAUGUUGGCAGAGAUCACAAACACAAUGUUCCUAUGCAAUCUUUGGCUUUAAUUACUUUUUUUGCAACUGUACAGCAUCAUUAUCUCACUUUUGUGACACACAUGUCAUGCUCAAUCUAAUCCCUAGUAUUGACAAACAUCUUGUCAAGCAAGUGGUCACAUGAUAACCGGCUCAGACUAGCUUUCAACCCCUACCUCCUUUCAGACCUAAACAAAUACUCAAAUCUUUUGUGAUAUACACAACGUAUUAGUUUCUGCCAUGAUUCUCAAGUAUGGGCCCUUGAGAAUCAUAUGACUGAAGUUGUCCUUUUGAAAUGGUCACUUGUCAUUUAUAUUGUUUUGGAAGUAAAGAGUUGCAUUCUGCACAAUGCAUACCGUGCACAAAUGUUUAUCACACAAAUUUAUAUAAAUGUAAAACAUUUUAAAUCCAUCCACCGAAAAUGUAAUCUUUGUAAAGAGCUCUUUUAGUUGUCCCCAAACGUUGUCAAUGAGGUUGAACCAGUGUUUGUUUUCAGUACUUCAAGCAGCAUUCCCAUGAAGAUUAUCCCUCACUGUUAGUCAGUUUGUGAGUGCUGGAGUAGGCUGACUUUUGCCUUGAGGUUCAACUCACCUCAGCUCAGCUUCUUGUAAAUGAAAUUGGGUCAACACGAGAAGUCAUCCAAACAACUCAUCAUACUGUGUUUGUUUUGUGAUAUAAAUCAUAAGCCAUGAUAGUCAAACUAUCUUUUGUAAUACUGAAUUAAUCAUUUUACAUUUUUACAAAUACGAUGACUACGUGAUUACCCCAUAGCCUCUUUCGUAACCAACCCAACACCCAACAGCUGUUGGGGUCAAACACUUGCCACAGUACAGCUUGAAUUUGGCCUAACCUCCAAUCCAUGCCCUGCUGAAAUGUUGUCUUUCACAACCCAAACUAAAGUACAAAGUCAGAUCACACCAGAAGGCAGGUUGUGUCUCAUUGGAAGGUAUGGACGUUUUUAUGGCAGUUGCGGCUUGAAUCUCAGAGUGAAUGAGUUGGCUGUUAGCUCCCACUCGUGAUGGCAAAUCCAUUGUUUCUGUUGCGGGCAUAGGCAUAAUACAAUGCUUGUUUGUGUGUGUGUGUGUGUGUGUGUGUGUGUGUGUGUGUGUGUGUGUGUGUGUGUGUGUGUGUGCAGGGAGUUUCUGGUGGAGUUAAGAAAGUAGGCUGAAGUGCAAAGGUCUCCGUAAUGGCUCACACUUCUACGGUAUAUCAAAUUCUCCACUUGAAUCAGAUGGAGUGCAACGCCGGUGUACGUUUCAUAUCGUCUUGGUUUCAGCUGUGGAGUAGAGCUGCAGAAUGGAGCUGUGCUGUCAAUCUCCUCUCAAAUGUUAAAGAUUAGAGCUUUGAUGAGCAGCAAAAGAUUGUGUGUGUAUACAGCAGGGCUCGGCUAUGUUGGGGGGAAACAGCUCUCAGAAAGUGUGUUAUUGUGUGGGAAGAAAAAAAAAAAGGAAGGCCUGUGGCCGGUGAUGUCCUUGGAAAGGGGAGUGGAUGUGCAAGGCUAACGUCUCAAGAUGUCGCUGAUUGUCAGAGGUUCCCAAAUAACUCAGACGAUAAGCCCUGUGUCUCACACACUGUCGACGACUGUCUGUGUGUGUGUGUGUGUGUGUGUGUGUGUGUGUGUGUGUGUGUGUGUGUGUGUGUGUGUGUGUGUGUGUGUGUGUGUGUAAAUGAUGAGAAUGACAUGCAAAUGUAAACUGACAUGGAUUUAUUGUUUUUAAUGUUCAACGUUGCAUAAUGCUAACGGAGACUCACUUCACAUCUCAAAGAGAAACGACCAGGCCGUCCAAACUGCUGUGAAACCAGUGUUCUACUCGGUAACCACCAACUCAUGACCGCCAUGAGCACACUUCAAAUGGGUUUAAAGGCUUUACUUGAUUAAUUGAACUGAUGUAUUGUUGUACAUGUUUGUACAGAUGUUUUAUACCUUUCGUAAUAAAUGAAUAAUGAUAUCACCA